AUGUUGAAUAUUCCCAUUUUCGUGCUUGUCCUCGCCGCCUUAGCUGGCGCGGCGAUCGUCACCGCCGUCUGGAAGGCCUUUUUCUCGAAACUUGCUGCCGUUCCGGGCCCAUUUUUAGCGAGAUUUACCGACUUGUGGUACAGUAUCAAUGACCCGAUGGCGGCGAAAAUCGUGUAUGGAACCACGAGCAAGUUUACCAAGUCCUCGUGGUACGAGACGUGGUCCAACCCGCACCCGAACGCAUGGAACCUAUUCGGGGAUCGAGAUGCCAAGCGCCACGCCGCCAACCGCCGCCAAUAUCAAAACACCUACAGCAUGUCCUCCCUCGUUAACUACGAAUCGUACGUCGAUGACUGCGCCGACAUCUUUUGCCAGCGCCUCGAUGAGAUGAGUGCUCGGGGUGGCUGGCAUGAGCCCGUCGAUAUGGGGCAUUGGUUGCAGUGCUAUGCUUUUGACGUCAUCUGCUUUAUCACGUACUCGAGCCGCAUGGGCUUCCUGGAUCUCGGCGAAGAUGUUGGCGAAGUGAUGAAGAAUCUCGAAGAUCACCUGGCCUAUGCAAGUAUCGUGGGCGUAUACCCUCAACUCCACCCCAUCUUGUUCCCGAUUCGCAAUUGGCUUGCUGGAUCACAGGGCAAGGGCCGCCAGUACGUCAUCAACUACACCCAGCAGUGUAUGUCAGACCACCAAUCCAAGCCCAAGGCGCAGAUAUUGGAAGCGUCGAAAGCUAGUGAGUCGCAGAUGGGGAGCUUGGAUUUCUUGUCCAAAUUCAUGCAGCGCCACUCCGAGAACCCGGAUGCCUUCUCCACUUACCACGCCCUAGCGGGGUGCGUGUCGAACAUGGUGGCCGGAAGCGACACCACUUCUAUCAGCCUCAGCGCCAUCUUGUACCAUGUCCUCCAGAACCCCUGGGUUGAGCACAGCAACAAGACCAUCUUUGGCGAAGAUGCAGACAAGUUCGUCCCGGAAAGGUGGCUAUCCGAGGAUAAGGACAGGAUUGCUGCCAUGAACCGCCACUGGAUGCCGUUCGGCUUGGGAUCGCGCACAUGUAUUGGUAGGCACAUCUCUAUGUUGGAAAUGUCCAAGCUCAUUCCGAGGCUUGUCCGAGACUUUGAGAUGGAACUUAGCGGAAAGGGAACCUGGGAAACUCAGAACUAUUGGUUUGUCAAACCCAAGAACUUCAAAGUCCUGGUUAGGCCAAGGGCUAUCAAGACCUAA